AUGAGCUCGCCGGCCAACCCUCCCGGACCUCUCACACCUCCAGCAGAACCUUCGACACAACAACAAACUCAAAGCACACUGCCUUCUCAAACCACUGCGCAGCCACAAGUAGAAGCAUUGCUAUCACAACCCCUCACCUCCCUCUCCGACAAUGGUAGCUCUCGAAGACCACGAGACCAUCGUCUAAUCCAUCUGCUACUGGUGUCCCACGGCAUAGUCGCAUAUCAACAACGGGUGCCCUUACAACUUAUGGACUUCGCGUAUCGAUAUACCAGCACCGUUCUCACGGAUGCACUCUACAUUCAGUCGGAGGCAUAUGACCAAGCGGACGGCGGCACCCAAACAAAAGGCCGAGGCGCAAAGCAAAACCAAAAGCAGUUGGAAGAGGGAGACAUUAGCAUAGCCGCCCUACGCAUGGCCAUUGGCUCGAAAGUCGGCCAUCAAUUUCAAGGCAGCCUCCCCAAGGAGUUCCUCAAAACCCUGGCCGAUGAACGGAAUCGAAUAUCACUCACUUCGCAGGCGAAGGACGGAGAUAAAGGCGGCCCGAUGGUGGGCGGGCUCAAGCUUCCCCAUGAGAAAUACUGCCUGUCUGGCGUGGGAUGGGGUCUGAAGGACGAAUGGGACAGUGAAGGCGAGGAAAGUCCCGAUGACGAUGAAGAACAGCCCGAAGACCGACCCGAACCCGAAGACCUCAUGAUGGAAGAUGGCGGAGGAGGUGACGGUGAUGAAGAGGGCAUGGGCAAUAUUGAAGAUGUCUUUGGACCUGAUGAUGGCAAAGGUGACAAGGACGGAGAUGAGGAAAUGGAAGACUUAUGA